UUGCAGUACAUUUGGAGACGUCAGAGGCCGGAGGUUCUUCGCUCUUCCAUCAUAACAUCAGCCCACUGAUUUUGGCCUCAUUAGACCAGAUCACGUCGUACAUAUACAGUUUCUCUAAAUCUAGCACAAAUCUGCAACAUGUCAAGAAAUUGCGAAAAAACAGGGGAUGGCAAAGAGCCCGAAAGCAGCUGGAAAGACGUGAUCUACAAUCCAAGAAGUGGACAAUUCCUCGGUCGGACUGCUAGAAAUUGGGGCCUCAUCCUCCUCUUUUACCUGGUCUUCUAUGGCUUCUUGACUUUAAUGUUUGUCUUCACUAUGUGGGCGAUGCUUUACACGCUGAAUGAAAACACACCCAAGUAUCGAGAUCGUGUUGCAUCCCCAGGGUUGGUUAUCAGGCCAAACUCUUUGAAUAUAGUUUUUAACAGGUCAAACCCCCAUGAAUAUGGGCAGUUUGUCCAACAUCUAGAAACAUCUCUGCAUCAGUAUAACGACUCAGAACAAGCUAAAAAUGACUUAUGUAUGGCGGGUCAGUACUCUGAGCAGGAUGAGGAAUCUCAGAAGAAGGUGUGCCAGUUCAGGAGGAGUUUACUGCAUCGUUGCUCCGGUUUGGAGGACACCACCUUUGGUUAUGCUGAGGGACAGCCAUGUGUUAUUGUCAAGAUGAACAGGGUCAUUGGUCUUAAGCCUGCUGGAGAUCCAUAUAUCAACUGCACAUCAAAGCGUGAGAAACCUCUCCGGAUGCAGUACUUCCCCUAUGAUGGGACUAUCGAUAGGAUGUACUUCCCUUACUAUGGUAAAAAGGCACAUGAGGGCUAUGUUCAGCCUCUGGUUGCUGUAAAGCUGCUGCUGAAGAAGGAAGACUACAACUCUGAGCUGACUGUAGAGUGCAGGGUGGAGGGCUCUAACCUUAAGAACAAUGACGAGCGUGACAAGUUUCUCGGACGUGUCACUUUUCGGGUCCUGGUGACUGAGUAAACCGGUAGCUGGUGCGGACACAAAAGGGAACUUGCACUACUUUUCUUCCUAUUGUCCCUUUUUAAGCUCUCCUAUGUACUUCCUGGUGCUCCACAGCAGGACUAAAGGACCUCAUUUUAACCCUCCUCAGACAAGGCAUGACUGAUUGCUUUUUACUAAUGUCCCAUUCCACGUCUUAACAGGAUCACUGUUUAGUCUCCUGCCUAGCACCUCCUCCUACUGAAGAUGUGACUGUUGCUGAAAAUGUAAUUGUAUUUUACCCCGGGCCUUGCAUUCCCUAGAUGUUUUGAAUUCUUGAACAUAAUUGCAUUUUACCCUCAAAGGGAUUUUGUUUACAAUGUGAUUGAUGAGACAAGGGUUAGUCAAUACUUUAGUGUUCGGUUGGUGUUUUUGUGUUUGUCUUGUGUUCCUCUCUGUGAAUAUAUUUAAUGAUCGCAUUAUCAAACUACUGUAAGAUUUAUGUAGAAAAGUGGCACAUAACCUGACACAUUUUUGAAAUGCUAAAAGGUGCCAAAUGGGUAACUUAAAUGAUUUUCAUAACCUCUGCAUGGAUCCUGUUCAUGCAGAUGCCUUAACAGCCAUUUAACAUCUUGGUACAAAUGCUAUUUUGACAAAUAAAAACA